AUGUGGGUGGCUCUGCCCCUCUGCCUGCUGUCCACUCUCCUGGCCACAGGGAGUGCUCUGCAAUGCGAGGUGUGUGCGUCCAGAGAGCAAUCGUGCUCCGGCCCCCUGCAGCCCUGCAUCCCCUCAGAACGGACCUGCGUCACCGUCGUGGCAGAGAUGAGGCUGGAGGGAACUUCCUUCUCCUACACUUCUAAAUCAUGCCUGGAGCCCAAGAACUGUGAGCCCGGCCCCUUCUCGCUGACCUACGCGCAAAAUGUCACCUUGCGGGUGAACAUCGCCUGCUGUAACACCGACGGCUGCAACGCUGGGGCCAUCCCAGUGCCAACUGUGAGCUCCAUGCCCAACGGCCGGCAGUGCCUGUCGUUUUUCAAAUUGGAUCAUUUUGACAGGCAGCCGACGGGGAUCUUGGCCUGCACCGGUGCCGAGGACCAUUGUGUUGAGGAAUCUGGGAUAUUAACACUGGGUGACAUGACCGUGAUGAAGAUUGUCGGUGGAUGUGCCUCCCCUGGCUCUUGCAUGAAGAGAGUGGGGGAGAGGAAAUACGCCCAGGGCGUGGUGGAGAUGCUGAUCCGGGCCAACUGCUACCCAGCUCCCAGGGCUGGCGGGGACAUCGGGGAGCCCUGAGCCCCGGCCUGGCAUCCUCCCCUUCUGCUGCGUGCUGGGCUGCAGUGCACCUCCCUUCAGCCGCCACCGGCUGCUGCUUCUCUUUGGGGGGGAUUGCGGGUUC